AUGCACACACAGCCGCGGAGCUUCCAACCUCAACCACCGGAGCAGUCAUUGCAGCAAAAGCCGAGACUGAUUCAAGACAUCACGCCGGCCAGCCGCAAUGCGUCAACAGAUGUUGCCAAGUAUGAGCUGGACAAUCUCAAGGCUGGCCGCAAGGUGUAUGUCAAGCGAGGAAUGCUCUUCUUUCUGGCGUCGAAAGAAGUCGCGCUCGACAAGAUUUCCAAGGACUCCAUGAAACAGGAGAAGGCACAUUCCGACCGACAAGGAAGCGCAGGUGACUGCGGCUCAGUGCUUUGCUUGCACGGGUUGGGGACUUGGGCUUGGACACGCUCGAAUGAUCCGAUUGAGCCGAUCUCCACAACGGUUUGGAUCAUGUGCGAGCACGUCGACAUUCGACAAGGGAACAAGAAGGAAGGGCACCGGUGGCUAGUCACUCUGUUUGAGAUGCCGGAAAAUCCGGGAGCCAUCCCCAUUAUGCUUGGUGAAUGGGACGACGUUCUGCCGUUGGACAUGGAGUUGGCACUGGAAGACCAGGCACCCGCGGUGGCCGCCGAGACUUCACCGGUGCCUUACGUACAGGAAGAUGUCAUCGAUAUCGAAGACCUCAACCAAGUGGCAGGGCAGGCUGCUGUGCAGCUCGUGCCAUUGUCGAACCUGGCUGUGGAGCGGAUCUCAGCCAAAAAGGGGCACUAUCCAAUCGACAUCACAGCCGCAGCUGCUCAGGCAAAGCAGCUCAUCAUGCUUGGGGACGAGGAUCUCAAAAGCAUUCAGAAAUUCAGAAAUUCGCAGAACACUGUGCAUAAUCAGGUCAGCUUUACUUCGAGUUAA